CCACUGCUCAGAGGAACUGUGAGGCUGGAGCCUGCAUGCCAAUACUGCAAAGGCCUGGGCUCCGCUACCAGCCCUCCAGCACUGGUUAUCUGUUCACCUUGUCUACUUAAGGAAGGGUUCCUAUCCUGAGAUUGGUGAUAGGCUUUGACAACGAUUGGCUGUCUGUGGAAAAAGAGAGACUGCCAAGGAGUAAAGUUCUUCUGUGCUGAGCUGACAGCAACAGGGUGGACUUACUCAUCUAAACUGUAGGGUUUGCAAGGACAGGUUUUAAUGUCUUCUUUGUUUGGGCUUGAGGAAUGUAAUCUUAUGUGGGCUUCUACAGUAGGAUAUAGAAAGCAGCUACAGAUGAGCUGGAGCCAGGAACAAGGGCCUGCAGUAACCGUUUGUAACCAGGCGGUGGCUGUUGUGUAAUGCAAAUAGCAUUUCUGACGAGGCGGUGCAGUUAUACAAUUUUGGCCAGCCUGUGUGGGUUAUAAAAGCUGAAAUUGCCUCAGCACCUGAAAGCGUCUCACGGUGCACACCCGUAGUGUCACGGCUGGUACUGAAGGAGGACCUGAGCCUUACACAGACGUGGCGGGUGGGGCUCUGAUUCAAGGACGCUUGUGUGGACUGGGUGAAGUGUCAGUCUGAAGGUGCUAAGAGAUGGUACUCACAGGUCUCAACUUCAUCUAAGAAUCAGGUGUUCCAGGUGUGCCAGAAGAGCUGACUGUGAACUUGGGCUCCCUGCUUGACUAAACCUUCACCGCAGCCCCUGGAGACCCAACAGCUGAGCAGGACUGCUCGGCUUCUCUUGAUGAUGGGUAUUGGUAAGAACACCACAUCCAAGUCAAUGGAGGCCGGCAGUUCCACGGAAGGCAAAUACGAAGAUGAAGCGAAGCAUCCCACUUUCUUUACUCUUCCGGUUGUUAUCAAUGGAGGAGCCACGUCCAGUGGGGAGCAGGACAAUGAAGACACUGAGCUCAUGGCUAUCUACACUACGGAAAAUGGCAUCGCAGAGAAGAGUUCUCUUGCGGAAACCCUGGACAGCACUGGCAGCCUGGACCCCCAGAGGUCCGACAUGAUUUACACCAUAGAAGAUGUUCCUCCCUGGUAUUUGUGCAUAUUUCUGGGGUUGCAGCACUACCUGACGUGCUUCAGCGGAACCAUCGCGGUGCCCUUUCUGCUGGCCGAUGCCAUGUGUGUGGGGUACGAUCAGUGGGCCACCAGCCAGCUCAUCGGGACCAUUUUCUUCUGUGUGGGAAUCACAACCCUGCUUCAGACAACAUUUGGAUGCAGGUUACCCCUGUUUCAGGCCAGUGCUUUUGCAUUUUUGGCCCCUGCUCGAGCCAUCCUGUCUUUAGAUAAAUGGAAAUGUAACACCACAGAUGUUUCAGUUGUCAAUGGAACGGCAAAGUUGCUGCCACCAGAAGACAGCUGGUAUCCCCGGAUCCGCGAGAUCCAGGGGGCCAUCAUCAUGUCCUCAUUGAUAGAAGUGGUCAUCGGCCUCCUCGGCCUACCUGGGGUUCUGCUGAGAUAUAUUGGGCCCCUGACCAUCACACCCACUGUGGCCCUCAUUGGCCUCUCUGGUUUCCAAGCAGCAGGAGAGAGAGCAGGGAAGCACUGGGGCAUCGCCAUGCUGACAAUUUUCUUAGUGUUGCUGUUUUCUCAGUAUGCCAGGAAUGUUAAAUUUCCUCUCCCGAUUUAUAAGUCCAAGAAAGGGUGGACUGCAUACAAGUUACAGCUUUUCAAAAUGUUCCCUAUUAUCCUGGCCAUCCUGGUGUCCUGGCUGCUCUGCUUCAUCUUCACAGUGACUGAUGUCUUCCCACCGGACAGCACCAAGUAUGGCUUCUAUGCCCGCACGGAUGCCAGACAGGGAGUGCUUCUGGUAGCCCCCUGGUUUAAGGUUCCAUAUCCAUUUCAGUGGGGACUGCCCACCGUGUCCGCUGCCGGCGUCAUCGGCAUGCUCAGCGCUGUCGUUGCCAGUAUCAUCGAAUCCAUUGGUGACUACUACGCCUGCGCCAGGCUCUCCUGUGCCCCACCGCCUCCUAUCCAUGCCAUAAACAGGGGGAUUUUCGUGGAGGGUCUCUCCUGUGUCCUCGAUGGCAUCUUUGGCACUGGGAAUGGCUCUACUUCAUCCAGUCCCAACAUUGGAGUUUUGGGAAUUACAAAGGUGGGCAGCCGCCGGGUGAUCCAGUAUGGUGCAGCGCUCAUGCUUGGCCUGGGUAUGAUUGGCAAGUUCAGUGCCCUCUUUGCGUCCCUCCCAGAUCCUGUGCUCGGAGCCCUCUUCUGCACACUCUUCGGAAUGAUCACAGCCGUUGGCCUCUCCAAUCUACAGUUCAUUGACUUGAAUUCUUCCCGGAACCUCUUUGUGCUUGGAUUUUCAAUCUUCUUUGGACUUGUCCUUCCAAGUUACCUCAGACAGAAUCCUCUAGUCACGGGCAUCACAGGAAUCGAUCAAGUUUUGAACGUCCUUCUUACAACCGCAAUGUUCGUAGGAGGCUGCGUGGCUUUCAUUUUGGACAACACCAUCCCAGGUACCCCGGAAGAAAGAGGAAUCCGGAAAUGGAAGAAGGGUGUGGGCAAAGGGAACAAGUCUCUAGACGGCCUGGAAUCCUACAACUUGCCAUUUGGCAUGAACAUUAUUAAGAAAUACAGAUGCUUCAGCUACCUACCUAUCAGCCCAACGUUUUUAGGCUACACAUGGAAAGGCUUCAGGAAGGGCGAGACCAGCCGGAGUUCAGACGAAGACUCCCAGGCCACCGUAUAGCCUUAGCUGUGCCCUGUGGCUCAGCCGCAGUGAGGCAUGUAUCUGUAGUCCCAUGCUGAGUAACAAGAAGCAAAAUAUCUGUUUGUAUAUCUCCAUUUACAUCCCAAGCCCCAGAGCUAAAACAGGUUGCACAUCCCUUUUCUGUUGUGGCUGGUGAUUGUGUCUAAAUAUGGUGUCUCACUCGUUUUCCUUAUUUAAGCCCUUAUCCCUUGUCCUUUGACAGUGUCCAUUGCUGGCCAUGGUCACUGAACUUGAAGUUCUCUGGGUCUUUCCUUUUUGGUCCCUUUCUACUACCCAGUGCUAACGUUCCUGAAAAGCCACCUCUGGGGUCCAGGCCCACUUUCUCUUUACUUAACCUCAGUCCAUGUCUGCAGAGAUCUCCUCUGGCCAAGGGGCACGACUAGCUCCCUAGUCCUGAUUGUCCUAUAAGGUCGGAGCAGAAACUGUUGAAUGGGAUUCUCUUUAGGGGAUUGAAGGGGAAAGGAAAGGACCCAGAGCCAAUGGGAUUCUCCACUCCUCUGUCUCCUUGCCUUCCUGCCCUCUCUGGGCCAGCACAUUCAUAUUGGCCUGUCUUAGUGGCUGAGAUACCUUAUUUGACAUUUCUCACUCCUGGCUGGUGUGGCAUACACACACAGGCACCAGUCAGCUGAGUGUGGGUGUCUUGGCUCUGUUGUCAUGUGGAUGUUACUGUUGUGUGCAUCUAUAAUUACAGCGUUUUAUUCAAACUAUUUAAUGUUAUUGACUUAUAGCAGAUUUUUUCAAAAUCAGUGUUUUUUUUUCCCCCAUGUCAUCAUCUUCCCUUGUAUCCCUAUUCCUUGUCGCCCGUUCUGCACCUCCUCCUUCAGAAAAGAACCAGCAUUUGUAAAGCUGUGGACACCAUCAGGGAAGUUUGUUGUAUCGGCUCUUGAAGGCCAGUAAACCAUUAUUGUGGUUGUGUUUUGUAUUGCUUGAUACCAUGAAAGUGUAAAUACUGUAAUGCCUAAUCUAUUUAUCAAAACUGACUACUGGACCAGAGCCCAGAAACCAUGGGUGUCAAGUUACACAUGAAUGUGUUUUGUGAAGAAGGGAAGCUAGGAGCCGCCAUAUUGAAUGGCCCAUCAUCCUGGUAAAGUCAUUUCUCCCAUUCUUCUGUGGCAGCAGACAUAGCACAGAGACUCUCUGUAAGAAGUCAUAUUGCAUGCCCGCUAGAGCUUGAUUUCACCAACUACUGCCUUUUCAGUUGCAGAAGAUAGUGAGAAAAACAGCUAGCGGGCACCCUCUCUUUAACAUCCUCACUUAUAACACUAAAUUCUUUCUGACAAAAUGACUUCUCCUGGAUUAGGUUCAAAACUUUGCCACCAAAGGAAAAGCCUACUUUACAAGGCUGUGCCUCCUGCCUGCUGGCUAACCUGCUGACUGAGCAUUGGGUGGCAACAGGUGUUCCUGUCUCUCCCAGCAGGAUGUGGUUCUCGGGCCACCUGGUGUCACUGGGUGCUCUCCUGUGCCCCCAUCCCAGGCUGCCUUUCCUUCACCACAUUGCCAGGUCGUUGGUGUAUCACCAUGGUCCCCUUGACUCUGGAAGUCUUGGGCUCCAACAACACCUCAGAGCCAUUCCUGUUUUGCCAAAAUUUUCCUGCAGAUUAAGUAAAGAACUUAGAUUCUAAACUACAUUUAAUUUGCGUAUUUUUAAAUGUGUACUCAAUGCACAGUUACUUUAGAAACACACUGGUUCAUGGUUUCCAGUCCUCUUACCUUGAUAAGAUGAACAGUUUCUCUUGGAGCCCUGAAUUGCUCCCAUUUUCUUCUGUCUGCUCAGGAUCUUCAGUUUCUCUGCUCUGAAAAAUAGAGAAAACUGUUAAAUGUCCCAGAAGUUGGCAGGAUUCUAGCUUUCUAAGGUGAGCAGAAUGAACACAGAUAUCCAACUAAAAGGCAUUAGAACUGCUGGGUGUGGUGUUGUACUCCUGUAAUCUCAGCACUUAGGAAGCAGGAGUAGUAUUGUGAGUUUGAGGCCCGCCUGAGCUAAUUAGCAAUUUCCAAUCUGGCCUGUGCUCUGAGACCCUGUCUCCACAAAACCAAACAAAGCAGCAGUACUACUGAUAAGGUAGGCCCAAGUUCCCUUCAACUUAAUAUGACCAGGCAUCUUCCCUCCUGGGAGUUCUGUCUACCUAGAAUGUGGGCCUCUGAUUUCUAGAAACCUUUUCCCUUUGGAAUCCUUUUUUUGGCCAGAUUUUAUCAUGAGGCUCCAAUGCUGUUCAUCUUGGGGAAUGGACUUGGCAAGCAUCCACAUGAAGGAAGUCCUACAAUCCUUGGAAGUAGCCCUCCCAUUGGAAAUAGGGGUUUUGCCCUUCUUGCUCCUUUGGAGUCAGCUGUUGAUAUUCCAUCCCAGGGGGAGAAGAGAGAAGGGAGUUGGGAGACUAAAAGAGCAGCCAGAGCACAUUGCCCUCACUGAAUCUGGUCUCUUCUAGAUAGCCUUGAGCAAUUGGAGUUCUCUAACCAGUCAUGACUCUUGCACGUGCAUCGUUUAUUCCCACAAGCUACCUUAGGAAGCCAUCCUCCCUCUACCAAGUAUACUACAGAAUGGAAGCCUAUCACUGAACAGAAAAGAAUAUGUGUGUGUGUGUGUAUGUAUGAGUCCAAGCACACGUCUGAUGGGGAGAUCUUCUGGAAGGAAGGGUUUGGUGGUCCUGCAUGGUCUCUACCUGAUACAUUCCCUGUCUGUGCUGUUGGUGUGUGCCUUGCUUUGGUUUGCUAGGAGACCAUUACGAAAUACUCUGGAUGUAAAUGUGUUUGCAGGGCAACUCCCAUUUCUGUUUUUCAGUGACUACCUACCCAGUGUCUCUACCUGUUUGGUCCCUGAGAAAGCCUUGUUUGUGUUCACUCUGAAUCUCAGAAAGUGUUACCAAGGGGAGGGGGAAGGAGGAAGAGAUGCCAGUGCAGGUUCAGAAUAAUGGUAAAUGGCUAAAUGAUUUUCAAUCACAUUGGGAAAUUCGUUAGCUUCAUGGGUACAUUUAUUUCCAGAACCUUCCAUAAGAGGGGUUCCAGUGUCCACUUUUAGAUUCUUGGGAUUGAUCCAGGCAAGAGAAGUGGCUUUUCCAGGCUAGCUAAAACAAAGCAUCAUUGAUCCUAUGGUUUCCCAUUUUAUGGUAACAAAUUUACUUGCAGGAAUUGCUUUAUAUUGUAGAAUAUUGACUUAUGAUGACAACUUGGUUUAUGCAUGAAUAUUGCAGUAUUUCCAUAUAGUAAAAUAACAUUUCUGCCCAGGAUAAUAGUCACAGUUUUCCAGGGGGGGGAAUGAUAUAAUUUUCAUGACAAUGUCAUGUGCUGAUAGGAUUUCUCCAUUGAUGAAUCUCUAGUAUGUGUGGAUACUUUGUUUACCCAUAUGUAUAUUGUAUGAUUGUGAGCUAAAUUGUUCAUUUUUUCAUUCGUGUCCAUAGUCUGAUAUCAAUACAAGUCUAGCCUUUAGUAAUCAGUGCCACAAGAGUGGCCAGGCUGGACAGAAGAUGCAUCAGGAGUGGUUGCUGAAGUCUCAUCCCAGACCCAGUGUGGGCGGAGGAGAGGCAGCACCCUGAAGGUGGCUAUGCUUGGUCUAUAUUCUCAACCCCACGCCUGGCAUGGCUUGGAGUGAGGGCCUGCUCCCCCAGCUAUCAUUGCAUGCCAGCUGUGCCUACCCAAGCCACACCCACUGCACAGGUUCGUUUGCAGCUCUUGCACCUGAGCAAGUUCAGAGCACUGGUCUACAGGGAGCCUCCCCUUCAGAGAAGAGGCCAGGCUCUCGCAGGCUACACAUUGUCCUCCAUCACUUUAGGAUGUGGACACAGAAUAGAACAUCCCACCCUCUGCUCCUCCUGGGGUCAGAACCUCAGUAGUGCAAGAAGGCUGCCCAUCUUUGCCAGUGUUCACCUUCCACUCAUGGAUCCCCAAAGCAUAUGAGUGCUGAGAAUCUGUCCCUCUCCAGCAGCUUCAUGAACAUUCCCGUCCUUCCUUUCAGGUUGUUGUUGGCUGUGCCUCGCCAUCACUCUGGUAUCCCGUCACCUUACCAUUGCUGUGUGUGUUUGCAGGCACUUAGGAUGACCUUGCCAGUGCCACUGUCUGACAAACAGUUCAUGAAUACCCUUCUUGCCACGUUCCUAACUACCUUUGCUUUGACACAUUAAUACAUUUCUGACUGUUCUUAAAACAGUGGAGAUGCCUGUUUUUCUUGAGUUUUUGUGACUGACCCUGCCUAUACACGUUCCUGAAGUUCUGUUUUUGUUUUUAUUUUGCGUACUGAGGGUUAUUUGGGGUAGGGUUGUUUUUUGAGAUGUGUAAUUCUUUUAUGGAGUUUUUAAAAAGAAUUUUCAUAUUGUUUUUUCUAACAUGGCUUCAUUAAACGUUUAAGUAUUUUAAAAAAUAAUGUAAUAUUUGGACCAGAUGUUGUGAAUAAUAGUAGAGAUAAAGCUAUUUUAUUCUGUAUUUUUAAAACUGUUCCGUACAAAUAAAAGCUCUCCUGGACACAGUU